UAUCAGGGAACUGCAGCCGCCGCUGUUUAUAUUCUUGUUUUUUACUUGCAAGGACUGGAAGCGUACAAGCCAAGUUGCAAAGCAGGCAAGCGAAGGGCGGGGUCCGGCUGCAGCCCAGCCAUGUGGGUUAGGCUGGGGCUUGCCUUGGCUCUCUGUCUCCUCCCAGGAGGAGGAACGGAGAGCCAGGGUUCAAGUGCCCGUUGUAAAGAGCCUCCAGAAUGGCAUAUCGGGGAGCAAAAUCCAAUGCUGGACUCCAAAGGUUCUGUGACGGUGGUAGCCCUCCUCCAAGCUAGCUGAUACUUGUGCCUGUUGCAGGCUUCCAGACUGGAAGACCUGCGACUGAAGCUGGAAAGUGAUGGGUUGAUCAACGUCUCCUUUGUGGUGAUCAAUCACCAAGGACAUCAUUCCCAGCUGAAGUAUCACCACCUAAGAGAGAAGGUUUCAGAGAACAUUCCUGUAUACCAGCAGGAUGCGAAACAGCCUGAUGUCUGGUCUGCUCUAAAUGGAAAGAAGGAUGACUUCCUGAUUUAUGACAGGUGUGGCCGCCUUGUGUAUCACCUUGGUUUGCCUUACUCCUAUCUGAGUUUUCCUUAUGUGGAAGAAGCCAUUCAGAUCACAUACUGUGAAUCCAAAUGUGGAAACUGCUCUUACCUGACACCAGAGGAUGAAGAAAUAUGCAAGAACAUAUCAAAGAAACAAGACGAGAAGCUAACCGAAGCAGCACUUCCUCCCUCGCGUCACGAGUCGCCUCCUCAUGGGCAUCAUGGCCGUGGGCAUCAUGGUCAUAGACAUCGGUCCCCACAGAACAACCGACGACAUAACAGCAGGCUUACGGGGCAAAAUAGAGAGGGUCAGGCAGGAAGCCAGGAUGUUGUAGAACCUGUCCCACAGGAAGUAGCUGUGGAGAUUCCCCCACAAGGGAAAAGGCUUUGACGAAAAGGAAAUGCAAUCUGUAACCGACAGUUGAGCUGAAGCUGGCAAAAGCAGUUAGGCUCUACUACAGGUAGCUGAUGCUGUCACUGUCGGCACUUGCUGUUUGAAGAUCUGCGUAGCAUAGCUGCCUGACACUGUCGCGGGGAGCUCCCGUCUUCCUGCAGGUGACAUGGGCAGCUGUUGGCGGAGAAUAUCACUGAGUCUUGUCAGUGACGGCUGCCAACAGCUGCUUGAUGGUCACAAGCAGCAAGUGAGCAUGAAACCUCAGACACCUGACAAUGAGCCGGAAGGGCGGAAAACUGAGCCUGAAAAACAGUCUAAACAUCUUAAACACUAGGGAAGAGUCCUCAAUUUAGAACGCGCUCUGUGAUAAUGCAGGUAUUGAUACUAUCAGAUUUACCAAAUUGUUUGAAAGAUCUUAUCAAAGACAACAAAAGGGAGUUAAAA